UUUUAAUUAAACCAUUUAAGGUCUUCCUCAUAGUCAUCAUUAUUAUAAAGGGAACCCAACCAAUAUCUCUAUCUUCCUCUCUUUAAUUUCCUCAUUCGUCUCCCCCACUCUAUCUUUUUAUUAUUAUUACUUAUACACAUCUCUAGAUAGCGAGAGAGAAAGAGUGAUGGAGAUAACGCCGAAGAGGUACUGGCGGAGGUGGAGAGGAUACGAGAAGCUUGAUGGGUCAUCAUCAUCAGAGAAGAAACCGGGUCGAAGGACAGGGAAACGGGUCAAAAUGGAUCCGACAAGAAAGAAACGGUUUUGGAGGAUCAAGAUCGUGCCGAAACUGAGGAUCCUGAAAAAGGCGUCGCCCAAGAAGUUUUUGGUGUGGCUACGUGACUCUUAUGUCAAGAUGAUGAUGCGUUUGGCUAACUCACGGGUUGUCGGAUCAUCUGGAUACGGUGGAUCCGUAUUCGGGUCGGGUCCAAUGAAGGAGUAUGAUGAGAAAAUGCUCGUGGAGAUUUACAAGUCGAUAUUGAUGGCGCAGUCUCAGGGGAAUCUCGUGCACCGCGACACACCUAAUAAUAAUAUCAACAACAAGAUUGCUUCUGAACCAGCUGUUGUUCCUGUCUCUUCUUCUCUUGUUUCUUGUUAGGUAAUGAUACAAACAAUUAUCCUUUUUCUUAAAAGAAAUAAUUUAUAGUAAUAAAUUUCCAACGAAGAAGAAGAAUCAUAAAUUUGUUUAAUACUAUUUCGAGAUUGCUGAUUGGGCGAAGUUGUGAUUUUAA